UCUUUAUUGAUCCAGUUAUGUUUUUGUCUAUCAAUUAAUCAAACAAGAGUCACUUUGGAAUGACACUAAGCAGGGUUAAGCAGAGGUUUCCAAGUAUGUUCACAUGGACUGUGGACCUUCAGCAUGACCCUAGAAUUUCCUUCUGGUACACCAUGUUGGACGAUCUCCGCUAGCAUGUCUACCAUAUUCCCAAACCUCAUUAUCUGGUUAUUUUCUGCAACAUUUCAUGGACAUUAACCCCUGAAGAGAAACAUUAUUUUUACUUCUUGUAUAUAUAAUCUUAUCUUUUUAGUCAGUACUCUCAGCUGGAAAACAUAUGUGGAGUUAGAGGCACAAAUAGAUUAGCAUAUCAAGAGACUUUGACUAAAAACUUUGUUGCUGCUCUGCCUUCAUGAUCAUGACACAGUGAAUGUAACAAUAAACCUACUGCUACAGUUCACUGAUCAGUUUACACUCCACUGUGGACUCACUGAACUAACACGAUCCUGCCAUUGUCAAAAUGUUGCUUUAGGGGCAUCUAUUCCUUUCUCACAUGGAGAGAGUGGGGAGAAGUCUGGCAUUGCAUUUGAAAGAGUUGACUACAGUAUUAAGAUAAGACUAGAAGAACAACAUUACACACAGACAGUUAAUAUUAUACCCUCAGCUUUUCAGCCACUGUAAAAGACCGCACUCUGUUCCAGUGUGGUGCUGAAGUGUCACCCACUGCACUUGGGUCCCAGUCCAGGUGGUUCAUCAUGUGUUGGGUGCAGAAAUGCUCUAUCAGCGCAUGCUCCCAACCUUUUCAGACUGCAUACUAUUCAUAGCUCUGCUGGACCUGCAAAUGCUAUAUAAUAAAAUCACAAAGUGUAGAGAAAUGGCAUACUACUUUAUGCUAUUAAGCAUAUUUAAUUAGCUCUAUUUUACAUCAAGGAGAUAUUUACAUUUUUAACUUUGCAGGCACAGGGACCAAUUAAAGGUCCUGUGGUAUAGUUGGUCCAUGGCUCAGUCAGAGGUGGCUAAUUUUAAAUAGUUGUACCUCAAGAAGGUGCAGGCGUCAAUUGGGUGGGGGUGUGCGUGAGUAUAUUUCAUGUGGAGGCGGGCAGAUCAGUCAGCCACCUCAGUGAUGCCACGGAGGAAACGAUUUCUCGCACCUGCACUCAGUUAAGCAGCCUGAAUAAGAGAAGCCUGCAUGGACGGGGCAGGGGAUGGCAAGAUGAGAAAUGAACAGGAAAGAAAUUUAAAAAGUCCUGGAGUUUAAAGGAUAUAUAGAGAAGAGCUCGAGCGAAAGUUAGCCAGUGCAAAAUGGGAGGAAGCAGGAGGAUGGGAGUAAAACCCCGGGGGAAGGAGUGUGUGGGUGGUGCUCAAGAGGGGGCUGAAGGUUGAUUCUGUUGAGCAGCCAGGGAGUAGGAGCAACCGCAAUACUCCAGGGGACUCCACAGCAAGGCCAGGAAUGGCAGCAGGAGUCAGAGGAAGUGAAGGCUUGGUGGCAUCUCGUUGAUCACAAGGGGACUGAUGGAGGGGACACAGGCUGGACCAUAAGGUUGUCAGCACCUGUUGGUUGACGUCUCUCCAUGCUGCAAGAUCUGAACAGGAAAAGCCAGAGACACGUAGGUUUUAAAAGAGGCACCAGGAUUCAUGAUUGUUAACAGACACCAUCCUGCUAUGGAGUUUUAGCUUUGUUUUAUAGAUAUUUAUUUAUUGGAUUUUAAUCUCCACAUUCACUGUUAUUUUAUUGGCUUGAUUAUUGAAAGAAGAAUUUCACUGCACUGUUGCAGACUAGAUUGAUGAUUGUUUUAAAUAAAGGCACUGUUUACUUUUCCCACCUACCCCUUGCUGCUUAUUUUGUAGAGGGGCCACAGAGUUUUGUUGUUUAUAGUGUUUGCACCCAGUCGCGUCUCGUCACAGCACCCCGUCUAAACUAAUAUGUGUUUGUUUAAAUGUUGUCCCCGUAAUGAGAAACGAGGAAGGAUGUUGUGGGGAGGCAGUGACCCCUGGACACAUCAGUACUGGUGUUUUUCCAGUUACAUCCAGCUCAUCAUUAUUUAAACGGUCAGGAGGGAGAGAAGAAGGAGGAAAGAGAGAGAUGGAGAUUUCAAAAACAACAACAACUGAUCAUCAUUUUUCUGCCAUUGUUUACAUCGUGCCUUGUUCCAGUUUGUUUCUCGUGCAGCUGGAAUCGCGACAACACAGUCAUCGGCAGAAAUCCCAGGGUUGGACAUUAUUAUCCACCAUUCGCUGAGGAAGCACGGUGAGAUUGUUCUGUUUUAUUCUGGAGAAUUAAACUCAACCAUUUCGAUCCACCAUCAGUAUUCUGGACAGUUAUUUACCUGGACUCAAUUUCACAUUCAUUGACAUUUCAGUAAUCAUCCGUUGUUAUUAUUUGUAUUGUGUGUUUGUUAUACAUGUGCAGGAACGAGGGAGGUUUUGUUAUUGUAUAUGUGGUAUUUUGCACUUUGCUGGUUUGGUGGAGAAAUAUAUAUAUAUAUAUAGAUAUAUUUUACGUCUGAGAUUUGUAUUAUUGUAUUUGUCAUUGUGUUUUAUUUAAUAUACAGGUAUUUCUGCAUUCACUUUACAUAUCUGCUUUGGUUUGCUAGUAUUUAAACCGUCGAUUGGGGAGGGGGGGUAUUAUUUGUCAGAGGUAUGGCUUGGUAUAAGUAGGCUCUCCUCAAUAAUUCAUCGAGGCCACAGCUCCUGGCCGUGUGGCUGCCGGCUGGGUAAGGGGUUGGCCGUUACAAUUUGUCCUCAUUCACCCUGCUCAUCUCAGUUACAGUAUCAACUGUGCUCAAGAGGCUUCCCGAAGGCCACAGGGGCAUGUAGCUGACCUGCACCAUCACAGGCCCUCUUACCCAAAACAGAGUUUACACUUUCCACAAGACAUUUUGUAGUUUUACAGCUGUAAAUAUCCCUAAAACCAAAAUCAAUUUGGGAGAAUAUUAGCAAUUUAAAUGGGUUAUCAGAUAAUUAUCUUAAGAUUUACUUAAGAUCUAAUUAUUCUUUUAUUCCCAGAGCUAUAAGCUUUUUGAAUUCUAGUAGUUGUAGGGAUCCUACUGCAUUCUGAACUAUUGCUGGGUACUGUUAAAGGUAAUUAUUCUGAUUUGCAUAAAUCAUAUAGGUGUGUGUACUGAUUGUAAUAAUUAUCAUCUUUCGGCUUAUUUUCGUGAACACUAUGUUUUAUUUUUUGUGUUUUCAUACUGCAAUCAAAUUUACCUCUAGGAUAAUAAAGUCUAUCAAACCUAAUUUAUGCAAAGACAACAGUUAAGUCCACACGUCCAUGGUCAGGACAGAAUCUGCAUUGCUGUUGCUUAAUAUGAAGCACAGUCUCCCCUCAGGCAUCCAAACAUAAGGCUUUAAUAGAAAGACCUAAGAAUGUUAAUCCUGUUUUGAAGUUUUAAAACUUACCUUCAAUUUAUUAUAUGUUUGAUUACCUUACUGAGACUAUCAGCAUAAGACUGCAGUACAAAAAAAAAGAAUUUUGUUGCCUUUGAGGCAUAAUGCCAAUGACAGUAACGUAACUAAUUAACUAGCUAAACCGUCAAGGUCAUUGUCGUGUUUACUAUAACAAUCAUUUUAUUAAGCACUUACAAAAAUAGAAAAAGUUUCAGUUUUUCUCAAUCGUUUUGGUGCAUUUCUUAAAACAAUUUACGUUCGCAGAACAGUAUGUGCAUUUCUCAGAGCAAUAUGUGCAAACCGCAAAACACAGUGUAUUACCUGCAAAAGCAAGUAACUUGCUCAAAAUGCUUAGUCUAUUCCCCUGGUAGGGUCACCCAAGGCAAACUGGUUCUAGGUGAGGGAUGAGACAAAGAGCGGUUAAACAAACCUCCUAUGAUGGAAAACAAUUUUGGACGGCGUUUUCCCUCGCCCAGACGCGGGUCACCAGGGCCCCACUCUGGAGCCAGGCCUGGAGGUGCGGCUCGAUGGCGAGCGCUUGGUGGUUGGGCCUGCACCCAUGGGGCUCGGCCGGGCACAGCCCGAAGAGGCAACGUGGGUCCCCCUUCCCAUGGGCUCACCACCUAUGGGAGGGGCCAAGGAGGUCGGGUGCCGUGUGAGUUGGGUGGUGGCCGAAGGCGGGGACCUUGGCGGUCCGAUCCUCGGCUACAGAAGCUGGCUGUUGGGAUGUGGAAUGUCACCUCUCUGAAGGGGAAGGAGCCUGAGCUAGUGCGCGAAGUUGAGAGGUUCCGGCUAGAUAUAGUCGGACUCACCCAGACGCACAGCUUGGACUCUGGAACCAAUCUCCUUGAGAGGGGCUGGACUCUGUACCACUCUGGAGUUGCCCCCGGUGAGAGGUGCCGAGCGGGUGUGGGUAUACUUAUUGCCCCCCGACUUGGAGCCUGUACAUUGGGGUUCACCCCGGUGGACGAGAGGGUAGCCUCCCUUCGCCUUCGGGUGGGGGGACGGGUCCUAACUGUUGUUUGUGCGUAUGCACCGAACAGCAGUUCGGAGUACCCACCCUUUUUGGAGUCCCUGGAGGGGGUGCUAGAGGGCAUACCUUCUGGGGACUCCCUCGUUCUGCUGGGAGACUUCAAUGCUCACGUGGGCAAUGACAGUGAGACCUGGAAGGGCGUGAUUGGGAGGAAUGGCCCCCCCGAUCUGAACCCAAGCGGUGUUCUGUUAUUGGACUUCUGUGCUCGUCACGGAUUGUCCAUAACGAACACCAUGUUCAAGCAUAGGGGUGUUCAUAUGUGCACUUGGCACCAGGACACCCUAGGCCUCAGUUCGAUGAUCGACUUUGUGGUCGUGUCGUCGGACUUGCGGCCACAUGUCUUGGACACUCAGGUGAAGAGAGGGGCGGAGCUGUCAACUGAUCACCACCUGGUGGUGAGUUGGCUUCGAUGGUGGGGGAGGAUGCCGGUCAGGCGUGGUAGGCCCAAACGUGUUGUGAGGGUCUGCUGGGAAUGUCUGGCAGAGCCCCCUGUCAGAAGUAGCUUCAACUCCCUCUGGCAGAACUUCGACCACAUCCCGAGGGAGGUGGGGGACAUUGAGUCCGAAUGGGCCAUGUUCCGUGCCUCUAUUGUUGAGGCAGCUGACCGGAGCUGUGGCCGUAAGGUGGUCGGUGCCUGUCGUGGCGGCAAUCCCUGAACCCGUUGGUGGACACCGGCGGUGAAGGAUGCUGUCAAGCUGAAGAAGGAGUCCUACAGGACCCUUUUGUCCUGUGGGACUCUGGAGGCAGCUGAUAGGUACCGGCAGGCCAAGCGGAAUGCGGCUUUGGUGGUUGCUGAGGCAAAAACUCGGGCGUGGGAGGAGUUUGAGGAGGCCAUGGAGAACGACUUUCGGACGGCUUUGAGGAGAUUCUGGUCCACCAUCUGGCGUUCUAAGGAAGGGGAAGCAGUGCAGUGUCAACACUGUAUAUGGUGGGGAUGGUGCGCUGCUGACCUCGACUCGGGACGUUGUGGGUCGGUGGGGGGAGUACUUCGAAGACCUACUCAAUCCCAUUAACAUGCCUUCCAAUGAGGAAGCAGAGCCUGGGGACUCAGAGGUGGGCUCCCCCCAUCUCUGGGACUGAGGUCACUGAGGUGGUCAAAAAACUCCUUGGUGGCAGGGCCCCAGGGGUGGAUGAGAUACGCCCGGAGUUCCUCAAGGCUCUGGAUGUUGUAGGACUGUCUUGGUUGACACGCCUCUGCAACAUCGCAUGGACAUCAGGGACAGUGCCUCUGGAUUGGUAGACCGGGGUGGUGGUCCCCCUCUUUAAGAAAGGGGAUCGGAGGUUGUGUUCCAACUACAGAGGGAUCACACUUCUCAGCCUCCCUGGAAAAGUCUAUUCAGGGGUCCUGGAGAGGAGGGUCCGUCGGAUAGUCGAGCCUCGGAUUCAGGAGGAACAGUGUGGUUUUCGUCCUGGUCGCGGAACAGUGGACCAGCUCUAUACCCUUAGCAGGGUCCUGGAGGGUGCAUGGGAGUUUGCCCAACCAGUCUACAUGUGUUUUGUGGACUUGGAAAAGGCAUUCGACCGUGUCCCUCGGGGAAUCCUGUGGGGGUACUCCGAGAGUAUGGGGUACCGGCCCCCUUGAUAAGGGCUGUUCGGUCCCUGUACAACCGGUGCCAGAGCUUGGUCCGCAUUGCCGGCAGUAAGUCGAACCCGUUUCCAGUGAGAGUUGGACUCCGCCAGGGCUGCCCUUUGUCACCGAUUCUGUUCAUAACUUUUAUGGACAGAAUUUCUAGGCGCAGCCAGGGCGUUGAGGGGGUCCGGUUUGGUGGGCUCAGGAUUGGGUCACUGCUUUUUGCAGAUGAUGUUGUCCUGUUUGCUUCAUCAGGCCGUGAUCUUCAGCUCUCUCUGGAUCGGUUCGCAGCCGAGUGUGAAGCGGCUGGGAUGAGAAUCAGCACCUCCAAAUCCGAGACCAUGGUCCUCAGCCGGAAAAGGGUGGAGUGCCCUCUCAGGGUUGGUAGCGAGAUCCUGCCCCAAGUGGAGGAGUUCAAGUAUCUCGGGGUCUUGUUCAUGAGUGAGGGAAGAAUGGAGCGUGAGAUCGACAGGCGGAUCGGUGCGGCAUCCGCAGUAAUGCGGGCGCUGCAUCGGUCUGUCGUGGUAAAAAAGGAGCUGAGCCGCAAGGCGAAGCUCUCAAUUUACCAGUCGAUCUAUGUUCCUACCCUCACCUAUGGUCAUGAACUAUGGGUAGUGACCGAAAGAACAAGAUCGCGAAUACAAGCGGCUGAAAUGAGUUUCCUCCGCAGGGUGUCUGGGCUUUCCCUUAAAGAUAGGGUGAGAAGCUCAGUCAUCCGGGAGGGGCUCAGAGUAGAGCCGCUGCUCCUCCGCAUCAAGAGGAGUCAGAUGAGGUGGCUCGGGCAUCUGAUCAGGAUGCCUCCUGGACGCCUCCCUGGUGAGGUGUUCCGGGCACGUCCAACCGGGAGGAGGCCCCGGGGAAGACCCAGGACACGCUGGACCCAGGACACGCUGGAGGGACUAUGUCUCCCGGCUGGCCUGGGAACGUCUUGGGAUUCUCCCGGAAGAGCUAGAAGAAGUGGCCGGGGAGAGGGAAGUCUGGGCAUCUCUGCUCAAGCUGCUGCCCCCGCGACCCGACCUCGGAUAAGCGGGAGACAAUGGAUGGAUGGAUGGAUAUUCCCCAAAAACAAAUAUUUGUGUCAGUGAAACUGUCAGUGCCAUCAGAAUGACAAAUCCUUGCACCAUUGCCUAUGAACAAGAUGGUCAAAAUACAUGAACAUGUUUUCGGUAUAAUUGUUUGAUCUGUAUUGAAAAUUUUGACAAGGAUUUUGGUAACACUGUCUGAAAAUCUAUAAGGUAACAUAUUUUCUGUGUGGUAUAACAAUUUCUAUACUAUUAAGUUUCAAAUUACUGUGUUUACUGUUCAGGGAUUGAUUGCAAGAAACUGGAUAUACUGUAAGUAGGAUUUUUAGAAUAUUGUUUGAAAAUUCACAAGUGACUGUAACAUUUUUUCAAUGUCUUCAGUUUUGAUACUACAGUAAAACAUAGUAGAAGUAGUUUUGGUAAGUUACAAAGUUCAAACAGUACUUGAGGGAAUUGAGUGCCAGAGACUGGAUAUGAUACAGUAUCUUUUAUACUCUUCUUUACUGUAUUGUACAGAAAUUUGUUACAGUAAUACAGUUAUAAAGAAAAGAAUGCCUUUCACAGCAACAAAUUGCAUAAAGGAAAAAGAGCAAAAAAACAGAGGAAACACUCCAUAAAACGUAGUAGUGUGGGCAUAGCUGUACGUUUUUUACACAUCCUGACAUUCUUGUCUGUCAGGCCACAGAUUUUCAUCCACAUUACAGUGGAUAAUCCUUCCUCUGCAAGAGUCCACAUUUAUCUGUUCACAUGCUGCAUUCAUGGCAUCCGACAAGCUCAACUGGGUAUGGGGCUAAUGAUCAUAAACCUUCCACUUCCAAGUAGAAAAAAAUUCCUCAAUUGGAUUAAGGAAGGGAGAGUAGGGUGGGAGAAAUUCCAUGAUCAUCCUGUCAUGAUUAGUAAACCACUCUCUGAUGGUGUAUGAGUGAUGGAAACUCACAUUAUCCCAAAUGAUCACAUAUUUUAGGAGAUCAUUCUGGAUUAGACCCCUCACAUUUUCAGGUAUAAUAUCCCUGUACAGGGUGUCUAAAAAGGUCAACAGAUGUUGUGUGUUGUAUGGGCCUAUAAGGGGAAUAUGAGUAAGCACACCAUUGUCAGAGAUGGCUGCACACAUGAUGAUAUUCCCUCCCCGCUGCCCUGAAAUAUCAACAUUAGCUCUGUGACCAAUAAGAUUCCUUGCACUCCUUCUACCUUUAGCCAGCUUGAAGCCUGCCUCAUCAACAUAUAUGAAAUUAUGAAGUGGUUCCCUUGAGUCCAGAUCCAUUAUACGCUAUACACCAACAGAACAAAAAACAUAAUUAUAGUACCUACUGUACUGUAAAAUGUUGUUUUGUUUACAGUAUUUUGAACAACAUAUUUCAUCAAAUUGUACUAUGCAGAAAUAUAACUAAAGUUGUGCUGUUUACUGUAGAUUACAGUAUGCAAAUAAAUAUUUUACAUGAACAUAUUGGUAACACAGCUCCUUUACUCUGUGAUUGUUUCUUUCAAAUGGGAACCGGUAGAUUUGUUUCAUGCCCAUUUGGUGUCUUUUCAGCACUCAUCAAUUGUUGAGACACUUACAAAUGGGAUGUUCUCAAAUGCAUUGUUGUCUUCAGCCACAGUUCUCUGUAUCUCCUGUAGUCGAAUGGCAUUAUUUGAAACCACUAUGGCACAAAUGGCCUCCUCCUGUUAAAUAGUAAAAAGAUGCCUUCGACCACCCCUGUGAGUUAGUCUUGCAGUCCUAUUUGGACAGUAUUGUAAAAUGGAGAAAAUACAUACAGUAAAUAUACUAGUGUACAAUACAGCAUCAACUACAUAAUGAAAAUAUAAAGAAAAGCAGGUUACUACAAACUUUGUACUUUGAAGCUUUACAGUAUACAUAUUUUCACAUUACAGUACCCACCCGUUCUACCAACGAAAUGUUUGUAUGAUUGAUGACACAGUAGUUCGCCCAAUAUUUGGCUGUAGCCUUCGACCAGCCUCAGACAUUGUGAGACCAUGAUUGACAAUGUGGUCCACAAUGGUGGUCCUUAUUUCAUUAGGAACAACCCUGUGUACUUGGCCUCCUCUUCCUCUACCUCUAUUUUGUCUCCUUACUCUUCCACCCUGCAUCCUAACUCGCCUUCUUCCAGACUGUUGCGCCUGUUCAUUAGCUUGUGGGUGAGUCCAUUACCAUGUAGGAAAAUGUUUCAGUAAUCUGUGUUAUGCUUGGUAUAUUAUUUGAGCGUUGGUUCAGCUAAUGCCUCAUGAUUAUAGGAUGAGAGUCACCUGAGACCAAUUACUCACUACUGAUAUAAAUUUCAGAUUUACCAAAUACAUAAAUAAAUAUGCUAGACAGAUUAUGACAACUAGUUCAUCAUUUUUCUCAGAAUGACUAAAGCAAUGAAAUAAUGAGUAGAUGUUUUGAGUGGAAGGAUUAAUUAACAGAGAACGAACAUAACAGGUUUUGAGUGAGAUGACAAAAGCAAAUGAGAACGUAAAAAACAGUUACAUGAAUAUACAAAGCAUUUGCUAUUUGUUCAAAACAAUAGGAAUUUGCUGUUAUGAUGUGCACAACUAAUAAGCAGAUAUGGAGUUUGAACAAGUAGUUUUGAAAGUUUCUGUUCUGAUCUCAGAAAUGCAUCAAAGCGACUGACUAAAACUAUAAUAUCAAUGGUUAAGUACUUUAUAGAUUGAGUCUUACUUUCUUCUCGUU